UUUGUACUUGCUGAUUUAAAAUUGCGUUGAACUACAAAUUGAUAAUGAUUUAAUUCCAAAACAAUAUUUUUUAAUUCAUAGAAAAUUUUUUUAUAUAAUAUAUUUCAUACCAAGCAUACUGAUCUCCAGUGUUUGAUCUCCUCUUCAGUUUCAUGUUCUGAUGACAGCCUCUGCACUUAAUUUUGCUCAUGACCAUCUUCUACUUCUGGAGCCACUUGAUGAGUUUCAGUGACUUUCUUUUUGUCAUCUCAUCAUUUAUAAGUCUCCUGAGAUGCGUGAACCGGGUCAUGUUUAUCCUUCUACCUGCAUGUCAUUCAAAGGACUGCAACUGGCGCGUUGUUCAAUGCGCAUGCGCUGUGGAAAAUUCCCGCUCUUAUUACGGUCUGACUUUGGUUACGUCAUCAAAAGAGGACGGAACAUACUCUGCCGUUCAUACGAGUAAAGCUGAAACAUAUGUUAACAGUGCAGGUAUGCCACCAAAGCGUGUUCGAAAAGCCAUUCAGACCCGUGCCUGGGUCACCACGUUCCAUUCCAGUGAGGAGUCUGGCACGGAGAAAGCGACGAGCAGUCAAAAAGGCAUUCUCAAAAAGGACACACCCUCUGAAAAGGAUUCAGAAGACACAAGAAGUCUUUCUUCAGACACAACACAAUGUUCGUCUGUGUCUUCAGAGUGCUCAUCACCACUGUCCUCGGAUGAUGACAAGAAGAAGAAGAGAAAGACCAAAAAAAGACUGAAAAAGGAAAAGGCAAAAACAUCAAAGAAGAUUAAGGACAAAGAUUAUCAGAGGGGCAAAAAUGUUACAAAUUUGAGUUUUAUUUGAAUAUUAAUUCAUUCAAGUCAUUGUUACAUUACUUUUUUUUUUUUUGACAUUUCUAAUCUGGUUAUGUUUUCUGAAUUUUGAUUCCAGCCCAAUCUCCAAAUCAGGUUGUGUCCAGGUACCAAUCUCUGCUCAAGCUUUACAGGAAAGGGGGGACAAUGGCCCGAGCAUUUAAGCGCUACGGAGUGGAUCGGAACACCAUCGUAAUAACCGCUCCCAUUGCAGAACUGUCAAUUGCUGCACCGAGAAAGUAUGCAGAAGUCUUACAAAACUACAGCAAUCAGGUUAAACUCUCUGUGUUUGCAGCACACUGUGCAUUUGCAAUUGCAGAGGAUCCAGAGGUAAAACAGCUGGUUAAAGACUACAAAACCAGUGGAAAGCUACUGCCUUUUAAGAUAAAGUAAGGAAAUACUGCCUUGUUUUCCAUCAUUGGUGUCUCGAGUAUUUCACAGUUCUGUUUACAGUAUAAGAAUGACCACUGUCAAGAUACUGAUUUACUGUUGCCCGUUCAGAGUUCUGUCUACAACAACUAUUUGCACUGAUAAAAAAUAAAUAUUGUUAUGAAUAUUUUGUGUUAACCACUGCGGGUGUUGAUAUUUUUAUGUUCAUUUAGUUUUUUUUUCUUCAAACAUAAAUAUUUCGUUCAGAACCACAGGUCAAGCAUUUUAUUUACCUUUACAUGUUUCGAUGGAGUCUGCUUUAUUUGCACUUAUGCACAUAUUUUAGUUUGUUAUAAUAAUUUAGUGUUAGCCAGUGCAGGUGCUAUGUAUGUUGAUGAGGCACUGUUUCAUUGUUUGAUAUAAAUACAGUAUGUUAUACAAAUCUACAAAAUGUAAAUACAAAGGAUAUUUCCCUCAUUCCAGUGUCAUGUAUUCUUUUUUCAUUAAAGUCGUAGUCUUCAGUACGGACACCAGGUCCAUAGAAAGCAUAAAUAUGUUAACAAAAAUUUAGUUACACAUAAAUAGUCUUCACUUUAGAAAGAGUCUCAAAAUAGGCUUAAUUAGCUAUUAGCUAUCCACUUAAUUAAUAAUGCAUAAAUGGAUUAAUAAGAACUUUGUUCAUGGUUUGUUAAGUAUGAAUAAGCCAUAAAUAAACAGCUUUUACAUGAAACUAGUCAUUAGAAGUUAAGCAUUAAUUAAUGUGUUUGUCAGUUGCUUAAAAGUACUUU